CUUCUCACCCCCUCUUCCUUCCCCACCCCAGGUUGAGAUGCUAUCUAUCAAGGCGGCUCGUGCACCGCUCCACUGUCGCUUUCGUGUCGCCGCGGUACCCACCUCUCACCUUUUCUUCAGACCCUAUUCCGUCGCGCCGGUGAAGGAUGUCCCUCGCAGUAAGAAGGUGUGGAGUUCUGCCGAGGAGGCAGUCCAGGAUGUAGUCUCAGGUAGCCUGAUUCUCAGUGGAGGCUUUGGGCUAUGCGGCAUCCCAGAGACGCUGAUCUCGGCGUUGGUCAAGCGGCCAGAAGUGAAGAAUCUGACUGCCGUGUCGAACAACGCCGGUGCUGGUGAUCACGGUCUUACGCGACUGCUGAAGUCGAAGCAACUGGAGAAGCUCAUGAUCUCAUAUCUUGGAGGGAAUAAGUACUUCGAGUCAAUGUACCUCAAGGGAGAAGUCUCGUUAGAACUUGUACCACAGGGCACGUUGGUUGAACGCAUGCGGGCUCAUGCAUCAGGCAUGCCCGCAAUCUACACGCCCACCGGAGCCUAUACUGCUGUGGAGACCGGGGAUAUUCCUAUUCGCUAUAACCCUGGCGGUAUGGAUCAUGGCGUCAUGAUCCCCGGCAACAAGAAGGAAACACGAGACUUCAAUGGGAAGAGAUAUGUCAUGGAGCCUGCUAUUGCUGGAGAUGUCGCGUUUGUCCACGCCUGGAAGGCUGAUGAGGCUGGUAAUUGCAUCUUCAAGCACACCGCGAAUAAUUUUAAUGCAAUCAUGGCAAGGAACGCAAAACUGACGAUUGUUGAGGCUGAGCACAUCGUUCCUAUCGGCGAACUCGACCCCAACGCGAUUCACCUACCUGGCAUUUACGUCGACCGGAUUGUCCAAGCAACAGAACCCAAGUUGAUCGAAAUUUUGAACCUCGCACCCAGUGAGGCGGACCAAAAGUCGCAGAAGCCUGUAGAUCCUGCAAAAGACAUCCGGCACAGAAUUGCGAGGCGUGCCGCAAAGGAGAUCAAAGAUGGAUACUAUAUCAACCUUGGUGUCGGUAUGCCGACUCUCGUCCCGGAGCAUCUGCCCGCUGGUGUCAAGGUCUGGCUGGAGAGCGAAAACGGAAUUCUCGGAAUGGGACCGUAUCCCACGAAAGAACAAGUUGACCCGGAUAUCAUCAAUGCGGGCAAGGAGGCUUCGACACUGUUGCCCGGUGCUUCCACUUUCGAUUCCGCCGAGUCGUUCGCUAUGAUUCGUGGCGGGCAUCUUCACGUCUCGAUCCUUGGAGCCAUGGAGGUUUCGCAGGCGGGGGACAUUGCGAAUUACAUGGUUCCAGGGAAGCUUGUGAAAGGUAUCGGCGGCGCGAUGGAUCUCGUAUCUAGCCCCGACGCGACUACUAUCAUCGUUCUUAUGCAACACUGUGCCAAGGACGGAAGCCCAAAGAUCGUAAAGAAAUGCUCUCUGCCAUUGACGGGCGCCCGAGCCGUCAGCCAGAUUAUCACUGAGCUCGGUGUGUUCAACGUUGACCGCAAGGCUGGAGAACUGGAGCUGGUUGACAUCGCCGAGGGUGUUACGUUGGAGGAGAUCCGAGCAAAGACCGAUGCGGACUUCAAGGUCUCAGCGAACCUUGGGCGGAUGUGAUGAGGGCAUGAAUGGACCACGAAACCUAGACUAGAGCACCUGUAAUACGUAGUCGAUGUAGUACUUUUUCCACGAUGCAAAGUGUCUGUGUCAGAGGCC